UGUUAAGCUGAAUUCAGGCCCCGCCCUCCUCUGACUGAGUAUAGGGAGAGGGUCUCCCAACCUGGAGACAGGUGAAGAUAAUUAAAGGAUCAGUUGGGAGAUGUUCACUCACUAAGCAACAAUGAGCACUAUGAGGGUGCCUGGGUGAAUGCACUGCAGGAAAGUUUGUUCCAAGGAGAAGGAGCCGGUGAGCCACAAAUUAUUUGAAUAUUUAGACUGAAAUGUUAAAACAUUGAGAAAAAAUAUAUAUAAAUAAAUAAAAAAGAAAAAGAAGAAAAAAAGAGGAAUCAUUUAAAAUGUAUUUGAGAAAGUAAAUGAACACUAGAAUGUUAAAAUGUAUCACUGAAUAAUUCUUUGAAUAUGUUUGAUUUUGGGUUUAAAUCUUAUAUUUUGUUUCAGGAACAAUUUUGUUUAAAGAAUGUUAAUCAUUGUGUUUUCUGUUUAUAUUUAAAGGUUUUUCACCUACUACUACUACUAAUACUGCUACUACUAUUGUUGAUUGAACUUUCAAAUAAAAGACAAAAAAGGAAAGAAUCAACUUUGGUGUGAUGAGUGAAAUCCUGUGAGAUCUCUGGAAGCAAACUGCCUUUUCAAGUGGGGGAAACCUGCAGUUAAAAUACCAAAAACAAAGUGUGAACCACUUGACAGUGAAAAACCGGCCAGAAGAUUGGCAGAGUCAGGAACCCUAUUGAAACUCAAAAUGGCUGACUCAGAGUCUCAAGAGCAGCUGAAGAGAAACAGGACAUCUGCUAAACGGCUAUUUUCCCGGCUGGCCAACAACAUUGUUCGAAUGCAUGCCAUAAUGUCAGAAGAGGAGCUCAAAGACAGUUUCAAGGAACUAAUAAUUGAGUCUAAUAAAGUUAUGGAAGCAAAUGAAGAUGUGGAAGCUCAGUAUCUUGUAGAUAGAGACUUGCAAGAAGACUCUGAAGAAGAUUCAAAGUUAAAUGAGCAGCAAAGGGCUGACAUUGAUAAAACUGCAAGUGAAUGUGAAAUGAAACUGAAGGAGCUUAAAAAUCUGAUCCAGAAGACUCUUUGGGAAAACUUUGGAGAAGAGGAACUGACAAUGGCAGUUAAAGCUGCAGAGGAAAAAGUAGAGAGUGUAAUGUCUUUUGACUCUGGAGGAAAUAAAGAGGCUUUUGACUUCAUGUUUGACUGCAUGGAAAGAUUGGUGAAGAAGACAAAAGAGUUGUACACACAGUGGAAGUGCUGGGCCCCUCCAGCUGAGCAAAAAGAAUUUCACCUGCGUGUAAGAGAGCUUGAACAGAUGGUUCCAAAGUUAAUGUCCAGAAAGGCAGAGUUUAUAGAAGCCAAGGCUAAAGAAAGUGCUGGAAAAACUUUAAGUACGUCUUCCAUCAGCUACCCAACAUCAGUUAUCAAAUUGAAGCCAACCUCACUCCCCAAAUUUACUGGCGUCAGGCGCGAUUUUCAUCGCUGGAGAAGAGAUUGGGAGGCUCUUCAGAGUCAAGGAGAACCCACGGGGUCAAAAGAAGUGAAAAAGUUUCAGCUCAUUGACAGUUUAGAUGAAAAAAUAAUAAGAGACCUUCGACUGGUAACCUACAAAACAGCAGAUGACAUUUUUCGUGUACUAGAAAACAGGUUUGGAUGCCAAUCAGCUAUUGCUAUUGAAAUAAUUGAAGAGCUUCAGAGACUUCCUCCUGUCAAAAGUCACCAGCCUAAGAAAAUUGUUGAACUGAUCCAAACUAUUGAAAAAGCCCUUGAUGACCUCAAUGACCUUGGUGACAGUGGCGCUUUAAAAAAUCCUCUUGUGACAAAGUCAAUUGAGAGCAAACUCCCUGAUGGGUUGAAGAAAGAAUGGCUUCUCUAUGCUGCAGAGAGAAGUACUAAAUCAGAGAAGCGCUUUGAAGAUCUUCUGGACUUCCUCAAGAGUCAGGAAAGCAUCUAUGAACAGCUUGACCAACUAAAGAAUGAGGAUCCAGUGAGGAAGGAAUCUCGACCAGAGCAGAGGCAAGCAAGGACUAGAAUCGCAAACCAAGCAAGUAGCCCUCCCUCAGGGUGUGUAGUCUGUGGGGAUUUCAGGCACAGGAAAAAGCUCUAUUUCUGUAAGAAAUUCUGUGCACUUAAUCUUGCAGAGAAGAAGGAUGCAGUACGGAAAAUGGGAGCAUGUUGGAGAUGUCUGGACAUCCACAAUCCUGGUGAUUACUGCAAAACUUUUUUCUUGUGCAAAAAUUCUGAGUGUGAGAAAAGGAGGGACACGGACCAUCACUAUCAUCUGUGUCCAAAUGCUGAAACAUCUAGAGGCAGCACAACUCAAAGGAGAAGCAGAAGUGGAACAGUGGGAGGUAGAAAUACAAGAAAUUACACUGAAGCCCAAGAAGAAUUUGUGAAAAAACUCCCACCAGAACUAGCCCAACAAUGUCAGAAUGUAUUUUGUAACACAACGUCAAGGGUUUCCCAUGUUGCAAAAAGUCACUCAAGUCUUCUAACAGAGAAUGGGCUAACAGAGUGGCCUGUCUUAAUGAUGAUUCUGGAAGUCACAGCUAAUGAUGGACAAAAAAUCGGGACCCUGAUUGAUCUAGCUUCUGACACAAAUUAUAUCACUCAUGAGGCAGCAGGCCGACUAAAUCUCAGGAGUGAAGACAUCACGCUUGUGGUUCAUGGUGUAGGAGGCAUGAAAGUCUUUGUCAAAACAAAGCGAUACCUCCUGAAAAUCCGUGUCCGCAGCUCAAGAGGCACUUUCAAGUCUCACCAGCUUGUUUGUUAUGGCCUAGACAGUAUUGCUGACAUACAAAAACAUGUGUCUCCAAAGAAGCUGCAAAAGUUCUUUCCAGGCAUUCCACUCAGUGAACUAGUAAGACCAAAAGAGAUCCAUCUCCUUGUAAGCCACAAAGAGGGCCAGCUAGCUCCACAGAAAAUAUGCACCAUUGGAGAUCUUGUGCUGUGGGAUGGACCAAUGGGAAAAACAGUUGCUGGCACCCAUCCUGAGCUCUUUGAAGAGGUCACAAUGACAGCCCACACAUCACGAACACACUUCGCAAGAUCUAUGAGAACUGCUGCUGUGAGGUAUGAAGAACAUGUUUGUGUAGUGCCAAGUACACAGAGCCAACAGCCUUUGACUGCCAUUAAACCUCACAAAUCAAAUUGUGUAGCUUCUACUUCCAGGUUUCUAGAGUGGUGGAAAUGGGACAGCAUCGGUGCUGGUUGCAUCCCAAAAUGUGGAGGUUGCCGCUGUGGAAACUGCCAGCCAGGUGGCAAAGAGAUGACUCUCUCUGAAGAAAGGGAGCUGGAAGUGGUAAAAAGUGGACUAACAUAUGUCGUUUCAGAUGAACAUAGUGGGAAGCCUCAUUGGCAUGCCAGCUAUCCCUGGGUAGAAGAUCCAGCCACAUUACAUUGCAACAGGAGUGCAGUUGAAGCUACAUUCAUGAGGACUGAGAGGCAACUGGCUAAGGACCCAGAGUGGAAGGCCGCAUAUGCAGCUCAAAUUCAUGAGAUGGUUAAGCGGCGAGCUGCAAUGAAGUUGUCUAAAGACAUCUUGGAUACAUGGACUGGCCCAGUAUGGUACAUCAGUCACCUCAUUGCACCAAACCCACACUCUGUCACAACUCCAGUCAGGUUGGUCUGGAACAGCAGUCAAAAGUGUAGAGGGGUGAGUUUGAAUGAUCUUCUGCUGAAGGGCCCAGAUGUGUUAAAUUCAAUCAGAGCUGUACUUCUCAGAUUCCAAAGUGGAAGAUUUGCUGCCCUGGGAGACAUACGCAAGAUGUAUAAUUCAGUAUGGCUUGAAGACCGAGAGGUACACCUACAUAGGUUCCUGUGGCGUGACUCUGAGGAGGAGGAGCUGGGUGAGUUUGCAAUCACUAGAGUCAACAUUGGUGAUAAGCCAGCAGGAUGUAUUGCUCAACUUGCUUUAAGAGAGACAGCUAAACUCCCCCAGUUCAGCCAUUUUGUGGAGGAGCGGAGAGUAAUUGAAGAGCAUAGCUAUGUUGAUGAUCUUUUGACCUCUCAUAACAACUUGAACCAGCUCAAAAUUAUCACUGGAAAUGUGGAGCAGAUCCUGAAUGCAGGCGGGUUCGAGUUAAAACCAUGGGUCUUCUCUGGUCAAAGUGGAAACCAGCCUACUGAGAAACAAGAACGGGAGGCUGCUACAAAGAUGAUUCUGCCAAAUCAGCUUAAAGAGGAUGACAACAAAGCUCUUGGUCUUGGCUAUACAGUGGAAGAUGACAAGCUCCAUGUCAUGGUUGGAAUAAACUUCUCAAAGAGAAAAAGGAAAAUGAGACAAGGGAGAAAUCUUCAACUGGAAGAGGUGAGAGCCCAGACACCAAACCCACUAACACGUCGACAAUUACUCAGCCAAGUUUCUGCAUUAUAUGACCCAAUUGGUCUGACAACACCUGUUAAGCAGAAAGGGGCCAUUCUAGUCCGCAGAGCAUUUCAGGAAGCUAAGCUUAGAACUAUCAAAGACACUUGGGACCUUGCACUCUCAGAAAAGCUUAGAGCAGAUGCCAUUCAUCUCUUUGAAGAAUAUACCAAGCUGAACCAGGUUAAGUUUCCAAGAGCUUUGACACCAGUGGGUGCAUCUGCUGAGCCUGAUGCAAUUACCUUCUCUGAUGGCAGUGAGCAGGCUUAUGGUGCUGUCCUCUACCUGCGCUGGGCAUGUGAUCAAGGUCCUGUGGUACGGCUGGUAGAAUCUAAGGCUAAACUAACACCCUUAGACCACAAGGGGGAAGCUGUCAAGGCUGAGCUGUGUGGAGCAGUAUUUGCUGCCCGACUGAAGAGGAUUGGAGAAAUCCAAGAUAGUACACAACUUCAGGAUUGGCUGUGGAUCCCUGGUCCCCUGAACAUUGCUGAUAUCAUCACUCGUGGGUCUGGUUCAAAGGAUUUGGAGGAAGACUCUGCAUGGCAGCAAGGCCCAAACUUUCUCAGUCUACCAACUGGUAAGUGGCCAAUAAAGUCUCCAAAGGAUGUUUCAUUAACUGAAAGAGAAACCAUUGGAAAGAUGCAGAAAAAAUCGUUUGCUGCUGUACUUACAAGAGCACAGGCAAAGAAAGAACCACCAGAUCCAGAACCUCGGAGACCGCCCACCAAUACUGCAGUCAGGAACUUGGUGGAUGUACGACGCUUUAGCAAUUUGGGUUUGCUCCUCCGAGUGAUUGCCCAGGUCUGGCGGGCUGCAAAACGCUUUGUAGGUCAAAAGAGGAUCGUGAGAACCUCAAAGUGGGAAGCAGUGCCAUUAACUGGGGUCAUUACUGUAAUGGAGCGCCAGGAUGCUUUAAGAGAUCUUUUUCUUGCUGCACAGGACGGUGUCACCUUUCCAGCCACUACCAUGGACCGUUUGGUGGUUUACAAAGAGGAAGAAUCUGGGCUUCUGCUUUGUGGUGGGAGGAUCCAGGCUUUCAAUGAAGACAAGGUUGGUGUUCCUCUGUUACCAUACAAUGCCUGGGUCUCAAUGCUGUUGGUUUACGAAGCUCACAACAGAGGUCAUGAGGGAGUGGCUGCAACUCUUCUGAAGCUGAGAGAAAGCAAAUAUGAGCUUAUCAGGCAGGAUCAGCCGAUGCACUGCCAACGAGAGGCGGCACUGAGCCGCCAAGAGUGUAGCUGGAAGCAGAUCCAGGUCAAGGGAAAACAGAGCAGGCAGGAACAGUACAGGAAUCCAGCUCGAUCAGAGGUUCCGACCCAAACGGGAACAGAGGGAUUCUGGCUUCAGAGAAUGAAGGCAGGUUCAGAGACCCGUGCGUCCAGCAACAAGCUCAGACAGAAACACACAGGCAGAAUCCAGUAG